UACAUUUUUAUUCCCUGGUAAAACUUUUGUCAAGAAAAAUAGUUUUCGUUUGUUCGUAACUUACUUCAACUCGCAACGUUCUAUUUAUAACAUUGAUAUAACCCGAUUAUGAAUAAUGUGCAAUCGGGCGAUUGAACGUUUAAGAAAAGAUAGUCAGAAGGAAAAGAACAAAUUUUACGUCACAUCGUCAUACAUAUUAAGGAAGAGUUUCUUACGAUUCGUCAAGGGGUACCCUCGUCAAGAAUACAUUCCGUUUUGGCCAUCAGCUCAUUCAAUUCCUAAUCCAAAAGCCAACAUUUACUAUGCCUUCAACGAAGACACAAAUCCUUUCACAAGAUUUAAGAAUACCUGUAAAUGUUCGAAAAAUGAAUAUCAAGCACAUUUCGAACCACCAACGGAGCCCUUUGUCCUCCGCGAUCCUUAUUCCGAGGAAAAAGCGAGAAAUAAAUAUCUUCAGACGAAACCAGUAUCUUUUGUUAUAUUUGGAAAGCCAGGUGUAAAUACUCGACAACUCGCUAUGAUGAUUGCCGACGGUUGGAAGUGCGUUUUAAUAUCUCUCGAGUCUCUUGUCGAACAAGAAAUACAAACUAAAACGGAAAAGGGCAAGUACAUCGAACAAAUUUUACGUUCUGGUCAAAAUUUAACUUCUGAAAUAAUCCAAAAUUUAAUCAAAAAUAGAAUAAAUAUGAGAGAUGUUAGACAUAAGGGUUAUGUUAUAGAAGGUCUGCCGUUUAUCCCUAAUAAUCCAAAUCUCGAUCAUUUGUUUUACCCUAAAAUCGCUGAAUUACGUACUAAAUUGAUUAUAAAUGAAAUCAACGCAGAAAAUGAUCUCUUGUCAACCUGUGAAACAAUACUAACACCGAGUUCGAGCGAUUCCGAAGAUAUACAAAAAUCCUCGUGUAAAAUGAGAAUGGAUCCAGAGCAAGACAUACCUCACCAGAUUGACGAAAUCUUUUCAACGUGGCCUUUAAAACCAUCUAUCAUCAUCUACAUCAUAUGUCCCGACGAAGAUCUUUUCAAAAAAUUCGAACUAUUAAAAGCAGAUUCGCUGAUCUUAAAAUCCGUGGACUCCACUUUAUCGGUGGAUACUAAUGAAAAUAUGCAAUUGUUUACAGAAGAUAAUUUCGACGAUAACACACAAAUUUCUUGUUCAAACGCAUCGGGGACAUUAAAGGGAAAUAAAGAAUAUAUAUCUAAGGAAAUCGAAGAAAUUCGAAAUAAUGUGAAAAAUCGAUGCGAGUUAUACAAACAAUUGGCCAUGCCUGUUAUAGACAAAUGGGUUCUUCUUCAAAAUCCUCAAAACGUAAUACGUGUGGAUGGUCGUACAACUCCGUUGCAAAUGUUUGAAAUUGUGAGUGUGCGUUUGCGUAUAUUGUCAUUGCCACGAUUGUUACUUCCAAAACGGUUGAUAAAACCAAUCGACGAGUUAGGUAUGGUAGAAGAAGAAGAAGAAGAAGAAGAGGAAAAAGAAGACACAAGGCAAAUUACCUUGGAGGAGGAACUCGAGGGUAUGAGCAAGGAGAAUGCUUUUCGAGAAAUGGCGAGCAUGGAGUCCGUAGGUCUGAGGUUUCCUUGGAGACUGUCGCGUUGGAAAUUUUAUUGCCCGGUCGAAUUGGCCAAAGGAAGAACCGUCGAAGGUUCCUCAAAAUAUUCCCUUACAUUCCUGAAGAAUAUUUUUUUUCUCUCCUCCGAUGAAGCACUUCAAUUAUUUUUAGACAAUCCUAGAACUUUUUUAUUACCACCUAAUCCACGUUUAACUUGUAAGAUUGCAAUUAUCGGUCCGAAAUAUUCAGGUAAAUCGAAGUUGAGUCGAGAAUUGGCGCGAAUUUUAAAUGGUACGGUCGUUGAUGUUAAUGAUCUAGAAAAAAGUUUUAAAAGAGAUUGUAUUAAUAAUAAAAUUAUCGAUGCCAUGCGUGAAAUAGUCGAUGAUGUUAUACGAGAAUUGAGAAUCAAAUUGGAGAAAGAAAGAAAAAUAAGAAUAGUCAAAAAAGAAGCUGAUCUUAAAGCAUGGUACGAAGAUAUCGUUUUGACUAUUCAACGUGUGAUAGAUAUCGUUCGAUCUGAAAAUACUAUAACACCGCGUGAACAAUACAAAGACAUACGUGAUGAAUUGAAAUCAUUACGUAAAAAAUUACACGAGAAUAAUAUUGCGCACGUUGAGACGGAUCAUCGUCUUUGGCAGGAAAUAAAAAAGGAUAACAAUAUUUUACGCGCUUAUGCACCGGAUUAUUUAAGAAAAGACGAACCACCGAUUAGAAAAUUGACCGAACAUGACCCUGAAAUUUCGAAUAUAUUACAGGAUCGUGUAAAAUAUUUGUACGACGAACCGAUCGAAUUAAGCACCGAUGAAAAAGCUGAUCUAAUUAUUAAGCAUAUACAAAAUAUUCCAUACGAAAUAUUGGAAGAUGAAAUAAAUAGAGACGGUGGUUUUAUUAUCGACAAUAUGUACAUGGAAUUCGAUGUUUGGAGGAAAAUUUUAAAAGAGAGUAACAUUAUUUUUGAAGACGUUAUAAUAAUUUUCGAAAACGAUCCAUAUUAUCGUCUCAUUCAAAAUUGGCGAUAUUUUCAAGCAAAUUACGACGAAGAAUCGGAGGAAAAUAUAUUUAAAGAUAAGGACGAUGAUAUAUUCGCAUAUGAAUCAAAGAUAAAAUUAGAACAAUAUCUUCAACAUCUUGACGAUUAUCAAUCAACUUUGAGAAAUUUUCGAUAUGAUAUGGACGAUUUGAAUCAAAACGUGAUACUUUGUGAGAUUGGAUCAAUUAAAAAUAUUACCAGUCACGUUGUUAAACGAAUUAAAGAUCGUUACGAUUGGAAAGCAACUGUAAUGAGUGAAGAAGAGAAAGAAAAUGAAAGAUUGAUAGAGGAAGAAGAAAUGAGACAAGAUGAAACGUAUCCCGAGGAUGAAGAAAAAUUAAUGGACAAAAAAGAAAUAACAAGAUCGAUUAAAAGUCAAAUCAUUCCUAAAAAUAAUCGUCGAUUAGGUGACAGCAGUAAUUAUUGUCCCGUUGUGUUAUCAAAAUAUAAUGUCCUUUGGAAAGGUAAAGAUGAUUAUAGUGCAAUGUUCAUGGAUAAAAUUUAUCUAUUAUCCAGUGAACAAGCAUUAAAAGAAUUCAUUGAAAAUCCAUUGAAUUUUUCUAUUCCUUUGAUAAAACCACCAAUUGUGAUACCUCUAUUACGAAUUAGCGUCAUUGGUUUACCUGGAAGUGGAAAAACUACUUUAUCAAAAGCUUUGUCUAAAGAAUAUGGAUUAUUUCGCGUCGAUUAUAUCGAAUGUUUAGAAAAGUAUAUGACAAGUAGAGGAAUGAAAGCUUUCACUUUAAAAGAUACUUUGAUAAUUCCUGAAGAAAAAGAACUCGAAGAAGUGGAUUUACCUGAAGAAAAAGAACUCGAAGAAAUGGAUUUACCUGAAGAUAUAAACGAUAUUAGAUACACUACAAACGAAACAUUGAUAUUUAUGUUUAUUAAAGAAUAUAUUAAAAAUGGUGGAACGUUGCCCGAGUAUAUGCUUCGAGAAUGUUUUUUAAAUUAUUUUCAAGCGCCAUUCGAUAAAUGUGGUCUUGUACUCGAUGGUUUUCCAAGUUGUUCUCAAGAUGUAGAAUUGAUGUUAGAAAAAUGUAUGGUACCUGAAGUAGUGAUCGAACUUAAGUGCAGUUUAGAAAAAUCUAUGGAAAGAUUAUUACCAAAGUAUCUUAAUUUUUGGAAGAAACAGCAAGAAAAAGAUAAACUUGCCGAGGAGGAAAGAUAUAACGAAGAAAUGAAUAAUUACAUUAAAAGACGAGACCAAUGGAUAGAAGAAAUAAUAAAAGAAAAACAUGAAUAUUAUAUCAACGAAGACACAGAAAUGUUCGAAGAUGAAUCAUACAAUUUUUCUACGAACAAUAAUUAUUUCGAAUUAAGUUCAAGCGAAAGAAUCGAAUUAGAAGAAACUUGGCGAGAAGAGAAUUCUGAACCUGUGCGAUUUAUCGAUUGGGAAGAUAUCGUUACAGCUAAAGAAAGAAUUUGGAAACGAUUAGAAGAAAUUUAUGAAGAUAACAGACAAAAAAUAGAUUCCAUUCGUACUUCUAUAGAAAAUGAAACUAUACCAUGGAUAGAAAUAGACGGUGAACAAAACGAGCGUAAGAUGAUAAUACAAGUUCAAAGAUAUCUCGAAAGCUAUGUAUUUCGAGAUAUCUCGAUGUUCGAGAGAACUUAUUCCGUCGAUAUGGAAACAGCCGAACGUCUUUUAGAAUGUGGAUAUUAUUUUUUAAGCUCAUUUGGCCGCUGGUGUCCGGUUCAAUUAUAUCAAAAUAAAAUACCGAUUCAAAUGUUUUUACCUAUGGAAGCGAAAGACGAAGUUAUACCUCUGAUCCAUCGGCAAUAUAUUUAUUUUUUAUGCGGUCAAGAUGCUGCAUCUGCUUUUGAGAAAAAUCCAUUGAAGUAUCUUGAACAAGAUUCGGCGAUACCACUCAUUCAAAUGAAUCUUUCUAUCAUUGGUCCACCUAAAUGUGGAAAAACAACACUUGCUGAACGUUUCGCCGAGACAUAUGGUCUAAGAUUAAUUUCAUUCGAUAAAGCUUUGCAAUAUGUAACGAAUAAUUAUUCAUGGACCGAAUUAGCUACAAAAAUCGAAUCACACUUUCAAGAUAACGUUGCUAUCGAUAAUAAAAUAAUGAGUCGAGCUGUUGAAAUGUAUUCAAUUAAUCCACGCACAGCUUCUCAAGGCUACGUUCUCGACGGAUUCCCAUGUAAUCGUGGAGAAUCCGAAGAGUUAGCUUUUCUCAAUAUACGUCCAACGAUCGUCAUUGAUCUUAAAGCUGAUUUAAAAUUUUCUUUGGAAUGUUUGUCUUAUACCAAUAAGGAAACAAACAAACCGGUGGACUUUGGUGUCGAACAUUUGAUUAAUCUUUACAAUCAGUGGCAAGCUGAUCAAGAAAAUUAUCGAGAUUGGCUAAGGAAAUUCUCGCAAAAUAUUUUCGAAAUAGAUGCGAGUAAUAGCAAGUGGGGUGUAUGGACUCAUGCAGAUCAAGUGGUACGAGAAAAAUUUAUGAACAUUAGACGAUACUUCCGUGAAGCUGAUUACGACAAAGUUCAUAACUUAGAAAAUAUGUGUGUAUCACCUUACGAAUUCAAAUCAUGUCAAAGUAUUUACGAAUCUUAUUGUCCUGUUUGCUUAUUACUCGAUAACAGCAUAGUUUCUUCAGGUGGGCUGAUCGAUCGUAUUGGAUUAGUACAAUUUCGAGAAUACUUUUAUUGGAUAUGUACGAAACACAGGAAGGAUUUUAUCAAAGAUCCACUUCGAUAUAUUCCACCAAUGAACACAGCUAUUUUACCAAAAAUUCGACCACGAAUCGUAGAUGAGACGAUCGAUUUGAAACACGCAUGCUGGGCAAGACGUUUGCAAGCUAAUGGAUGCUGUUUGGUUACUUACGUCGACAGUCUACCCAAUCGAAAUCUAAUCUCUGGCAAAAUCGAUUUAGCUGUUCUCUAUGACGACAAGCUCUAUCUCUUCUGCAGCCAACAUUGUCAAGAUCAGUUUCUCUUACGUUGGAUGAAAUAUUGUGACAUUAAAAUUCAUUUCCCUUUUAACAUACCAGACAUUAAUAUCACUAGUUUACCAAUUAUCGGAUAUUUAGAAGAAACUCUAGCAAACUGUGUGAUAAAAGCCGUCAACGAAGUUGCAGUCUUUCGUCCAAAAAUUCCAGGCUUGUCUGUUGCUGCCAGCGCAGCGAUUUACAUGGGAGUUUUUUUCAAAAUUCGCAACGAAACUUGUAUCUUUAAAGAAACGGAUAUUUAUCGGAAAGUUAACGAACGUAUGAGAGCUCGUAGACGAAUUAUGGACAUGGCAAUUUGUAACAUGAAACAUAAACUCAAUCCUAAUUUAAAAAUUCCAACAAGUUAUUUUAAAAUGAGAAUUAGUGAUAUUUCUGAUAUACCACGAGUAAGCUCUAUUAGAUUCCGACGAACAUCACCGACUCAGAUUUUAGAUGAUCCUAACGAUUCUUCCUAACCCUUUGAUGGUAAACCUAAGAAAAUAGAAUAUAAUAUUGUUAUAUACUUUAGUAUACGUACAUUGUAUAAAAGCUUAAU